CUCCAAGCAUGUCGCCUGUGACCUGGGCACCUGCCCCCCAUUCCACGUGUUCACGCAACUGCACCGUGAGGCCGGGCACACUGCACCCUGUUCCUAUUUUCCACACCUUGUCGUGACACAGCUCUGCGUGGCGAUCACACCCUUACCACGGGGGAGCAGGCUGUAAUGAUUUUUUCCAGUCAUCUGGGUUAGGAAAAACAUUUUUGUGCAUAAAGCGUUUCCUGAAUUUGGGGAUUUUGGCUUUUGUGAUUUUUUGCCUUCAGAAAGCAAUAGAAGUGGAAAUGUUGGGUAAAGGACAGACGUUUUCAAGGGCCUUGAAGGUGGUGGCCGGCUGCGCCCACCCCACCAUGAUGACCUGUGAUGUGGGGCCUCGGUCCUCUUCCCCUGCGCCAUGUAGCAGCCGAGGGUCUGGAGAGACAGGAUGAUGUUUGGGAGCCUUCGGCCCCAGGCCCCUGCCCCCGCUCCAAGCAGGCUCACGUGGUCCUGGCUUACUCUCUUUCAGAUCUUCCUGGCAGUGGCUAAUUUUGAACCAGAUGAAAAGGGUCAGGAGUUCUCUGUCAUUUACAAAUGGAGCCACAGAAAGCUGAAGUUCACCCCGUACCAGAGCAUUGCCACACACAGCGCCCGAGACUGGGAGGCCUUCGAGGUGGACGGGGAGCACUUCCUGGCGGUGGCCAACCACCGGGAAGGCGACAACCACAACAUUGACAGUGUCAUCUACAAGUGGAACCCAGCAACCCGGCUCUUCGAGGCCAACCAGACCAUCGCCACCUCUGGUGCCUACGACUGGGAGUUCUUCAGUGUGGGGCCCUACUCGUUCCUGGUGGUGGCCAACACCUUCAACGGCACCUCCACCAAAGUGCACUCACACCUCUACAUCCGGCUCCUGGGCUCCUUCCAGCUCUUCCAGUCCUUCCCGGUAAGGCCCCAGCAUGAGCCCCAGCUCUCCAUCAUUGGCCACUGUGCCUGCCAUAUGCACCUGCUGGACAGGUGACGUGGGCUGGGGUCAACCAAGAGCCACACCUAGUGCUGCUCUGCACCUGCAACCCCACGACCCAGGCAGGGCCUGCCCGUCUGGACAGCACAGGGUACCGCUCCUUGCCUGGCAUUUGAGCCCUUCCUGCCUGACAGCCUCUGUGUACCCAGGGACAGUUCAGGUGCCCAGAAAUGGGGCGGGAGGUGCAUCCUGGCUCUGCCCCACCUUGGCAUGGUGUCCUCAUACAGUGCCUGCCCCCUCCCUGGGCUCAGAGCAGGCCCUCUGUCCCCUUGGAAGCUCCUACAGUCUCAUCCAAGUCUGUAUGGGCGUUGGGGCCCUGGCCCAGGGGCAGCUGGGCAGCUCGGCUCUGGUCCAGGGCAGUGUAGGGUCUGGGUGGGGGCAGCACGGGACACUCCCCACCAGGCCCCACAUGUCCCUGGGCGGGUUCCAGCCACCACAAGGCCUUUGAGUUGAGGCAGUGACGGGUGCUAAUGAGGCCACCUCUGGGGUGGGGACAGCACGCUCCUGCUCCUGGCCAAGAAUGGGGAUGGGAGCUGAGGUGCGGGGUACAGGACAGGUCGGGGGACAUCUCCCCAUGUCAUGCUUAGCCUCUGUGUGAGCCAUGGUCCCUGGUUCCCGGGAAAGCAGCUCAGGGCCUUUGCAGUGCCGCCAACAGCACUCCCUCUAUUUGCUAUAAACCUAUAAACGUGCCUCUCAUAAGACAUCACCUCCCUGAUAUCCUUCCGGAAUCUUCUGUGCCCUCUGACCUGGUGACUCAUUCCCCUGCAGCAAUGUUCUCAGGGUGCUCUGUACCCGAGGCAGUGAGACUCACCCAGGCCACUCUUGCCAUGUGAGCUGCCCCCAGUGAGGCUGGUACAGGGGCAGAGCUGUGGCGGACGCUGAGGCCUGGGUCCCCCCACCCCCAUCAGGGUGUCUGGAAAAACAGGGACAGCAGUCAGACCUUGCCAAGCUGCCCCUGCAUUAGACAAGAGGCUGCGCAUGCAGUGGUGGGGGCUUUAAGGCUGAAAUGAUUGAAGGCAUUCUGGAACAUUCCGUACAUACAUCUCAUGAGAGCAAGCCUGCAGGUAGUACAUGGGAAUGAACUUCAAAAAGAAAGGGAGGAAGGUGUGCAGCAAUCGCAGGUUCCUGGAGUCCCUCCACCCAGCAAGAGUGAGGGCAGCUCAGGAAACUGAGAGCAUGAGCACCUUGAGAAGCCCGCAAGGGCCGGGCCAGGAGUCGUGGCUGACAGGGACCGACCGCGCGUGGCAGUGCCCGAGAGGGACCGACCG